UUUUAGACGGUUUUGUUACCUUUUCCACAUAGACCACUGGAAACCCGCCGCUCUCUCUCCCGACCUUAAAUAGAGCCCUUUCCCCACAUCGCAAUUCUUCGCUGCCUUACCCCCCUCCAAUUCCAAUCGCCGACCGACUAAAACCAUUAAUUCUUCGUCGAUUCAUUUGGCCGGCCGGAAAAGAUGUUGCGUGAUGAUCUGUCGUCGGAAAACGCCGUAACUGAAGCGGAGUUAAGGGCUGCUCUGAUGGUGUUUCCCCCCAUCACCUCCAUUAAUCUCGUCCGUAUGUUCAAAUCACGUCUCCGUUCGGCUGAGAACAAGAUGGCCUUUUCGAAAACACUGGGGAGAAUCGCCAAGAUCUCGAGGAGUGGAGGCGCAGCAGGAACCUACUCUGUUGUGCUGAGGAAUAACUCUACUGCCGUCGAAGGAGCAACUUCACCGCCGCCGCCGCCGACGAGGAGGAUGAGGUCAUUAGCAAGAUCAGGUUCCAGGCCUGUAACUGAAGAGGGGUUAAAGGCUGUUCUGAUGGAGGUUGCUCCCAUCACAUCGAUGGAUCUUGUUGCAUUGUUCAAAUCGCGUUUGAAGUCUUCCAAGGAUAAGAAGGCCUUUGCGGACAUGCUGAAGAGAAUUUCCAGGAUCUCGAAGGGAGAUGAUGGAGCCCACUAUGUUGUGCUGAGGAGCGGAGGUGGCAGUUCUGAAUCCAAUUCACUAAUCCAAUCCAUCAAUUCGUUAAAAAUAUCCGACUGAUACAAUUCAUUUCAAUCCACUCCAUUUGAAAUUCAGUUAGAUUGGUUGAUUCUUGAAUUAUUGGCAAAUUACAGUUUAGUACCUAAAUUUUUUAUUUUUUACAUUCUGGUAUCUAAAAUUUUUUACCACGACAUUUUAGUAUCUAUACUUUUUGCAUUUUACAUAUUGAUCCAAGGUUGAGGAUGUCAUUUGGAUUCAUGGAUAAUCCACAAAUCCACUUGAUUCGAUUCAUGAAUCCACCAAUCCAUUUGAUCCAUAGAUCCAUCAAUCCAAUCCAUUUGCCACUUCUAGUGACUUCGAGGCUUGUUUCUUCUUGGAUCUAAGUGGAAUGGGUAUUUGUUUGUGGCUCUCGUAGUUGUUGCCAAUAGUCAAUCCAGUUGUUAUUGGUUACUUAAUUAUUGGUCAUUCCUGUUAAUUGUGUAUGCUACUGUUUAUCUAAAUAAUUUUUCGUCCAACAG